AGAUACGUGCAGGGAGUACAAGUCGCAGUGGCGGACGGGUGGACCAAGGGCGCCUUCAAAAAAAAAAACGUUUUGGAAUGUUCAGAUAGAGAUGUCAUGAAUAGAUGCAACAUGAUUCCUUGGUCUUGUUCUUCUAUAUGUUUAUAUCUGAAACGUUCGACAACGUUUGGUAACUGAACGUGGCCCAGGGAACAGACAAAACAGAGAAGCGCGACUCGUCCUGGAUCCUCAGGCCAGAAUCCACCACAAGUCCAGCAGUGGUCCUCUGAUUUGGCAUGCACCUGGAGUAACAGCUGUCAAGCUAGCAACUACCUGAAAACUGCAAAUACCGCCAGACAGACAAACCGCAGGAGACGAAGAGGAAGUUGGUGGAGGAUUGUCAGGGCAUGCAUAUUUUCAUCAAGUAGUCUCUGUCCACCGUUAUUCAGAUUAGUACUCAUCACACAGACCCCUACCAGUCAACAUGGAGGAUGAACUGAUAUUCAGUAUGGAUGAGGUGGGCAGUGCCCAACGUAACCCACUGCAACAGAGGACCCCUGAUCAACGGGCCCCGGCUCUUAGCAACGCUUACGAUAGCGACGAGGACGACUAUUACAUCUGUCCAAUCACAGACGACCCUGUCAGCCAGGCCGAAGACAUCUGUGGCUAUUUAAAGAAUCUCGUCCACAGCAAGCAGCUGUCUAACUCCCCCCAAAACUCAUUCUCCUACAAGAAUGAAACGGAGAAAGAAACUCCACAACAGUCUGUCGGGUUUGGGGCGUUUUCUGACAAUGCACGGGCGGUGUGGAAAAGAGCCAUAGAGAAGGCUAAGGCCAUGCCUGACCCAUGGGCUGAGUUUCACCUGGAAGAAGUCAAGACAGAGCCAUGCAUACGAUACAGGUACAAUGCAAUCACGGCGGCAUGGUCUCAAGACACAGUGCACAUCAAGGUUUCUGGCCAGCCUUUUGGACGCGGGGCCAUGAGGGAAUGCUUCAGAACGAAGAAGCUGUCUAACUUCUCCCAUAGUAGUAACUGGAAGUGUGCGUGUAACUAUGUGACGAAACGCUACAUGGAGCCUGUGGACAGGGAUGUGUACUUUGAGGAUGUCAGGCUGCAGAUGGAGGCCAAACUCUGGGGAGAAGAGUACAACCGCCACAGGCCACCCAAACAGGUGGACAUCAUGCAGAUGUGUGUGAUUGAGAUGAUGGAGCGUCCAGGUAAACCUCUGUACCACCUGGAACACUACAUAGAAGGGAAGUACAUCAAAUACAACUCCAACUCUGGCUUCGUCAAGGAUGACAACAUCAGGCUCACUCCACAGGCAUUCAGUCACUUCUCGUUUGAACGUUCGGCCCACCAGCUGAUCGUGGUGGACAUCCAGGGGGUGGGGGACCUCUACACGGACCCUCAGAUCCACACAGAGAGGGGGACAGACUUCGGAGACGGAAACCUGGGUGUGCGGGGCAUGGCACUGUUCUUCCACUCCCACCUGUGUAAUAAGAUAUGUAAGAGUAUGGGGCUCACACCCUUUGACCUCUCCACUGCAGAGAAAAGCCAUCUAGACUGCACCAACACACUGCUGAAGUCGGCCCAGACGGUACUGAGGGGUAGUGAGGAACAGUGUGGUUUCACUCGUUUUCGUACUAUAUCAGGGGGCCGUGUGCCCCCACUUCUCUCCCACCUGUCGGAGACCUCGUCUGGGGAUGACUCUAUGAGUGACAUAAGUGACUCCAUCCCCUGCUCGCCCCUCGCCUUCCCCGGCUCUCCACUAGGACAGCACUUCUCUAUGGGCUCCAUGGGCAGGUCUCCUCUGGGUUGGUCUUUCAUAAAUGAGAUGGAUGAACGGGAGAAACACAACCGCAGCCACAGCCCAGAACACAAGGACUCAGAGAAUGGAGGAGACAGUGGUUGUCCAAGUGAGAGGAGGAGUGAAGGGGACCCAACCGACCAUGCAGAUGGGGCCCGCCCCCACCGCUACAACAGAUACUACUCUGAGUCGGACGAGGACAGUGUGAGACGGCUGACAGAUGAUAAAUGGAGUGUCUACCACUCGUCUCGUUCUCACAUCCACCGGCCAUCCUGUGUUGCUGUGGAGAUGGAAAGACUUGACUCGCUGAUCCUGGAGAGGAAGAUUGGCAAGUCCAUCCUGGGGAAGGUGCACCUGGCGAUGGUGCAUUACCACGAGGCUGGUCGGUUCUGUGACAAGGAGGAGCAGUGGGACCAGGACUCAGCCAUGUACCACCUGGAGAGAGCCGCCAUGUGUGGGGAACUAGCGGCUAUCGUUGCCCUGGGACAGUGUUACCUACAGCUGCCACACCAUAUACUGUCAGAGAUGGAGCUAGAGGACAACUCAGGGAGCCGUAUGAAGGGCUUUAAGUUCCUUCUGCAGGCUGCUGAGGCAGGACACAGAUCCUGCAUGAUCCUGGUGGCCAGGGCCUUCGACACCGGCAUCAACCUCUCACCAGACAGGUCCCAGGACUGGAAGGAGGCGGUGAGAUGGUACAACUGUGCCCUGAACAUGACAGACUAUGAUGAGGGGGGCGAGUUUGACGGCAUGCAGGACGAGCCUUGCUACCAGCUGCUGGCCAGAGAGGCUGAGAUGUACCAGGAGGGGGGCCACAGCCUGGACCCAGACCCACAGAGAGCAGGUGAUCUGUUCACAGAGGCAGCAGACUCAGCCAUGGAGGCGAUGAAGGGCCGACUGGCCAACCAGUACUAUAUGAAAGCAGAGGAGGCCUGGGGCAUGAUGGAGGAAGAGGAGUAGGAGACGGGCUGGCACUCUGCAAGGCCAAAGGAAUCGGCGAAAGCAGAAACAAGCUGGCACCCAGGAUAAUGUUGUGAUGGAUUUUCCUCCCUAAUGGUUUAAAGUUUACAGACACAUUUACUGUGUGAUUUCCAAAAUGCUGUGUGAUUAUUUGAUCUGUAUAUGACCUUUUAUGCAUCCGUCCUCUAGCCUAGCUAUCUUUCUUGGUGCUUCAGAGGGAAUUAUGUCUGGUCCUUGCCUUGUACAUUUUUCCCCUUUUCUAUUCCUGUCCCCCUUUGGACUAAUGAAUAUGGUUGCAUUUCAGAGGCAAUUUACCUAACUAAAAAUAAGCCAUUUCAAACUAGAAAAGUACACUUCCUAAAAAAGAAUGUGCUUGCUAGCUUAAAGGGAUAUUUUAGGAUUUUUUCAAUGAGGCCCUUCAUCUACUUCCCCAGAGUCAGAUCCACUUGUGGAUACCAAUUUUAUGUCUUUGUGUCCAGUAAGAAGGAUGUUGGAGGUAGUUUUGUGUGCCAGUGCUACCUAGCAUUAGCACAAUGACAAAGUCUAUGGGUAUCUGCUAGCAUGCUAGUAGAUACCCAUAGACUUAGUCAUUGUGUUAAAGUUAGCCGUGUUAAUAUUUGUAGCUGAAAUUGUUACAGAUAAUUAGCAUUGUAAGUGUCUACCAUUGUGUUCUUACGGUUGGCAUUGAAUUCAUGAUAGUUUAUACAAAUGAAUUGAAGUUGGGAUAGCCUAAAUAUUUUGAAGUUGGUAUUGUAGUUUAUUCCAUGGGUCUCAUUCAAACCCAUGUUAAUAUAUGGUAAUGUGAAAUGGUUAUAGUAUAAAAAAAUCUGAAUGCAAGCACGCUAAGUUGAUUUCAAAGUCUGGUUGGAGUUGAUAGCUAAGCAUCCCGACACUGUACAGCAUCCCUUAAGGCGUGCUUCAGUUCGGCUGGCCCUUAGCCAAACUCGGCUAGCCAAACUGAACUAGUGGAUCCGGGAUGGGUAGCAUCAAGAGGUUAAAACACAUUCGCUCGAAAAACAGAACGAAAAGCGCCAAUAAUACUGUUUGUCCAUUUUGAGAUGAAGUAGCAAGUUUACACUUCUUCAGAAUAGUCAGAAAUAAUUUAAAAUAAAAUCAAGAAAUGUCAUUCAUUUUGAUGUUUUUGCCUAGGAGAUCUUAGACCCACAAUUUUACAUCUAACUAGGAUGUUUGGUGCAGUAUUAUUUUAUGAAAACGACUCAUCUCUCGUUGAAUGACAGACAUUAUGGAAGAAUCCCUACUGUUGACCUACAGUAUACUUCGUUCGGCUCCAAACUUCGGCUUGCCUCCAGAAAGAAAUGUGUGCCUGAACAGCCGGGAAAAAAACUAAUCGAAGUCCGAAACUUCACAAAAUGUCGUCAUAAUAUAUGCACAAACUCUACCAAACUGUUUCGGCUGGAAAGUGUGCAGAUGCCUUUUAAAAAUACGGUGACAAUUUCAGAAAUGAAACUGUUACUGCAAGUUCAGGUGAACACAAAACAACUCAAAUGUAUGAAAAUGUCUAUACAUUUCAGCUAUUUCAAAAACAUUGCUCUGCUAUUAGUAUUUUUACUGUAUAAAUGUUGUGCUCAACGAGAAAAUUCUGCUUACACUGCCCUGCUUAGAGGGGGGCAACGGUCGGCCGAGUGUCGUGUGCGACCUCCGGAGGUAGCGUUCGAGACGUGAGAAAUGUGCAAGUUUACAUUACGAUUAUGUCUCUCGAGAAUCCCUCAAUUCUCCUUAAUAAUCUUCAAUGAGAAUAGACCCUUAAAAGGUUCAAGAGGAGAUGCGUUUUGACUUUUAACUAAAAGGGCCAUUAACUAAAAGGUAAUGGUCCUUUUAUUGCCAUUAAAUGCAUUGGAGAUAAUGUUAAAAAAAAAAUGUAGUUCAAAAAGUAUAAAUGCUCUAAAAUGAAUACAUUCUCAAGCAAUCUAAGUUUGGGCUGGUUGUAUGUUUUUAAAGUUUUGAGUUCAUAACUUAAAUCGUUUAAGCUCUAGAGCGGGUGGAAGAUAUCCAAUAAUAAGAAUGCAUAUUACAUUUUAAGAAAUCUAGAGUGGUCGUGCCUUCAGCAAGCACUUUAAUUCAUGUUUGAUUCAUGAAAUAAACAUUUCUUGAACAAAUGUUGUUUACUUUGUGUUGGUUUCGCCUAACACUUUUGUAAUAGAGGGCACUUGUUGCAUUGUUUGCAUACUUGUGUAUAUGAAUGCAUGGAAGUAGCUAUAUGUAAAUGUCUUGACUUUGGAAUAAAUAUGAUUUUAUUGCA